ACUGAAACACAGUUCCACCAGCAGAAACAGCAAAAAGCUUGCAGCGCGCGUUAGCAAACCACAAACACACUGCUGUGUGUCUCCUACACACUGACUCACUCAUACACACUCUUCCUCCCGCUUAUCAACUCUGACACACUCUCGCACAGUGAGGAUGAGGCCGGCUCUCCAGCUGCUGCUGCUGUGUCACUUCGGCCUGUUUGUGUCAGUCACACCACAGAACGUAUGUCAGCGCCCGCCCGCCCAGGAUGGAUCCGAACUCUCUGGAGGUCACUUUUUCUUUGAGCCAGGGACUGAGAUUAUGCUCUCCUGUAGCCAAGGAUACACACCCAAAGGCGGCUCCCGCAGCAUAGUGUGCAAAUCCAAUGGACAAUGGACCGAACGUACCCUGAAGUGCUCGCGAAAGAAAUGUCCCGUGCCUGAUCAACUGCAGAACGGAAAACUGAAUUUUGAAGAUAUUACCUAUGAAAGUAUCAUCACGUUCUCUUGUAAUGAAGGGUAUAUCCUCCAUGGUGCUGAGUCCAGCGAAUGUAUGCACACUGCCCGGUGGAGCCACGUUUUUCCAGAAUGCAAACCUGUUACUUGCGGUCUCCCUGAUAUUCCAGCGUAUGCUAAAAUAGUGUACGACAGGGCCAUCAAAGGGAACAUCACUGAGUUUGGUUUUGGAGGGACGUACGAGUGCAGGCCUCCAAUGGUUCUCGAAGGAAACAAAAGAGCAACUUGCGGAGCUGACGGUGUCUGGACUAGACCCCCAGUGUGCAAGUUGGUGACGUGUCCAGCACCCUCCAGCUUAGACAAUGGUUUUCUGUCGUUCGCUGAUCAGCGGGAAUAUGGCUAUAAGGAGAGAGUGAGAUACGGCUGUAAUGACCCGUUUGUGCUGGACGGGCCGAGCGAGACUGAAUGUCAGGAAACAGGCUUGUGGUCCAGAAAGCCCGUCUGCAGAGCUUCUUGUAAAGUUAACAUUGAAAGGGGACGCAUUUUAUACAAAGGCCAGAAAAUCUGGAUUGAAGAUUUCAAGCCGAACCAGGUGCAGCACUCUGAGCAGGUUGCGGUGUACUGUCUGGAUAAGGAGAGGGACUGUGGUUUUCCUGCAGAGACCCAUUGCAUUGAUGGACAGCUGGAGAUUCCUGGGUGUUUUGAAGAGCCCAGUGAGUUAAAAUACCAACUUAGGGCUGGCACACUGCCUUCUGAGGUCCGCAUGUGCUCAUGAUCGUAUGAUGAGGAAAUAAGGAAGAGAAGAGGAUGCUGACGGCUGACAAAGAACACCCAGGAUUUGGAAACACUACAGUUUGAUUUAAUGUUUAUUUUUUCUUAAAAACUGCACAGAAAUAAAGUGUUCAAUUACA